CAGAGUCUCGCGGGCCCAUAUAAGGGCGGUGCGAGCGAGCGAGCUGUGUCUUUGCCGGCCCAGCCAUGAGGAUGACGGUAGCGUUGGUGCUCGCAGCCUUGGUGCUCGUCUCGGCCGCCUCAGCUUACACUCUGCAACAGGACGAUAGCGAACCGCCUCCAGACGACACUUUAGACGACUACAGCGAUAACAACUUGGAACGACUCUUCCAGAACUCUCAAAAACGUUCUUCUCUUAUUCGUCUUUUCAGGCGUUCUUGCGUCCGCAAGGGUGGAAGCUGCGACCACAGGCCUAAUGACUGCUGCUACAACAGCUCUUGCCGCUGCAACCUGUGGGGCGCCAACUGCAGGUGUCAGCGCGCAGGGCUCUUCCAAAAGUGGGGCAAGUAAACUGGAUCGCGAACUGGAGCAGGCCUUCGCAGACUGAAGAGACCACUCUCCAAACGCCUCCUCCAGCCAAAGUUUUAGGAGUAGACGCGAAUUAUUUGUCGGUGGUUUGAUGUUCUGUCAUUCUCGUCCUCCACUAUCGGUGUCGAUAUUCCAACAAGCUGUACCCACCAAAUCGUUGAUCUCUUGUGCGUAUUUUGGAUCCUUCCUACACUGAUGUCGAUUCCUUUCCCGUUUAAUGCAGAUUCCGAAAACAAAUAAAUGUCAGACUUGGAAGAGAUAAAAGAGCCCGUUAUAUGCUGUUGUUGUUCUUGGAAUUUAUUUCGUCGCCUGAAAAAACCUGUGCAAAGGCCUUUCACGGCGACAAGUUCAGAAUCAAGCCGCUAUCGGCACUUUUUUCUCCUUAAACGGUCAAUUUCACAAAAUUAUACCUUGUGUUUGUUCAUUUCCUAAUAACAGCAGACUGUACGAAGACACAAUAACUUAAAAUUAUCAUGAAUUUAAGCUAACUUCACACACGAAAUAUAAUCUGAGAGUUGAAGUAAAAAAGAAAAAAAAGAUUAUCAUUGGUGUCAAAAUACAUCAAGAAGCAUACCUAUGGAUUAAUAUAUUCACGCGUAGAGUAGAAAGCAAAUUAUCAUGUAUGUAUUCCAAGACUGGAUGGUGCGCGGGUGGCGCAGGCUGCGUCUAAUUGGAGAUUUCCCCAGCCACGUCUCUCAAUUAGACCCGGACUGAGCCAGCUUUUAAAUCAAAUCAAAAGAGCAGCCCCCGCUCCAAUUCCAGAAAAUGUACCUUGUAUGUGCUGAAUCACCGAGCGAAAUAAAGGAUAAUACUAUAUAUUCAAGCUACAA